AUGGUCUUUUCUCAAGCCACAAUCGCCAUUACGGGGUCUGGGGGAAUAGGCACGAGCAUAGCCCGUCGCAUUGCCAAUGGUCGACGCAUCUUCUUGUCGGACGUUUCACAGGUGAACCUCGACUCUGCUGCUGAGACGUUGCGCCGAGAUGGCCACAGCGUGGAGACACACAUCGUCGACGUCUCCAAGUACGAACAGGUCAAGGCUUUCGCUGACGCAGCUGCUGCCUCUGGUACGCUGCAAGCUGUCGCACACACAGCUGGCGUGUUUCCCAGCCAGGGGUCGAUUGCUCAGAUCAUGGAAGUCGACUUACUAGGCACGGCCAAUGUGCUCGAUGCAUUCUACGAGGUAGCCAUGCCAGGGCAAUCAAUUGUCUGCGUCGGCAGCGGCUCGGCCCACGUCAUGAAGGAAGAGGUUCCAUUGGAAGUGCUGGACCAUCUCGCUCGCGCCCCCCGCGACUCUCUACUUUCGCACCCAGGCAUCCAAGCAACUGUGAGCCCUCUACUCGCGUACCAGAUUGCCAAGCGAGGCAGCCUCGCCCGCGUGCAGCUGAUGGCCAAAGCAUUUGGCUUGAAGGGCGCACGGAUCAACAUCAUCUCCCCUGGCAUGAUAGCAACAGAGAGGGGCAGGCUGGAGUUGGAAGGCGACAUGUUGCGGGCGUACAUUGAGAUGCUCACAAAAGAGUCUGCCAUGGCCAGGCUUGGUGCCGUGGACGAUGUGUCCAACUUGGUCGAAUUCUUGAUUUCGGACCGAGCAUCCUUCAUCUCGGGCGCGGACAUUGUCGUGGACGGUGUGGCCGCCUUCGCCUUGGCAGUACCCCCGGCUCAUCCUCUCUUGGAGCCAGAGCAUAGAGAUGACGUCGACAAUGGCCAGAAGAAGGGCUUCCGAUACAUCACGGCUUGGUGUCGGUCGGAUGAAGAGUGUGCCAGUGGCUGCUGUGCGGCCAUUUCUCAUGAUGAGGCAAUCUGCUCUGCCCCCUUGGUUGCCUACAUGGAAGGCAAAUACGGUUGUGGCUUUGGCGAUUCCACGAAGAAGAUUGCCCAUGGUAUUGAUGUCACCCUGCCGGGGUUCAACAACGUCGGCACUGGAAACAAGUCGGACGAGAAGCAAGUCGAGAUGCAAUGUGAAGAUGUGGGACAGAAAGCCGUCCACGCGCUGCAGUUCACCAACACGGAGUGGGACUUUUGGCUACCCACCCUCGAGGAAGCUUACGAGACGUGCAGCUUCGAUACCACAUCUCUGAGAAAAAGAACGUACGAAGAGACAUUGCGUAGACAUGCAUCAGUGGCAGGUGUUGAUGGCAUGUUCGUCUACAAUCGGCCGUGCUCCCGAUCAACGACCGCAGGUGAAAAAGGCUCCAUGAUGAUCAACUACUACAACGACGAGUCUAAGAAAGCACUAAAAGUCGUAGCCAUACGAAUUGGCUUGUAUCAGAAGGACGGCUCAAAGAAAUUCAGAACCGCCACACGCACGAGCAUCAGGUGGGCAGCCAGUGAGACGGCGGAUUACAGCACAUUUAUGGAUAUGGAGAUCAUCGAAGGUCGACGCAGCGUCGCUAGGUGGCCCAAGUCAGCCUACAAAUUUGCUCCUGAUGAUUAUCCAAUCGCCACACUGGAACUUUCUCCGAGCAUCAAGAAAAAGCAAAAGCACGCGUACAGACAUGCGCAGAAUUCCGAUGUUGCCGAGAAGUUGGAGCAGGAUGAGCAAUACCUUAUCGUCAGCCAUCGACGCAACAAGAUACUCGCAGAGCAGCUCAGUGAGUCGAAGAGAAAGACUUUAGAAGCAAACGAUUUCAAGAAGAAGCACAACGCCACCAACACCAAGCUCAGAGCCGAGAAUAAAGACCUCAAAGCCCAGCUACAGAGGCAUUUGAACAGCGCCAAGGACAUGGAGCGCCUCAGAGACGAGCUACUGGGGACGAAAGAAGCCUUUCGUGAGCUUGAGAAACAGUACAAUGAGCUUCUCGAACUCGACGAUGCUUCUGUGAAGAAGCCAAAGACAAAGGGUAGGAAAGCGAUGACAAAGAAAGUAGUCCCGAAAAAGGCUGGAGUUAUCGAGGCUGAGGUCGAAUUUGAGACCUCAAAGAUCCAAUACGCGGCCCCGAGCACACUUGUAGAGGAAUUGGAACCAGGGAGCGCAGAACUCAGUGAAUCAGAUGACGAAAUAGGGGAGGCCGAAGAUGCACCAACACAGGAACCUGUUCCCAGCGCUCCUCUUACGGAUGGAGAGACUCCUCCUAGUCGUAAUUCUUCCUUCUCUACUGUGCAGUCAGCUGGUGAGGAUGUGGACAUGGAUGAUGCGCAGGAAACUGGAGAAGAGAGGCCUGAAUCUGUGACAUCAGACUCAGACAUGUCCGACCGAUCAGAGGAGGAGGCCGCAAUUACUGAAGCAGUCGAUUCAAGGUCAACCGCUGAGGUGACUUCGGUUGCAAAGGAGAGCCAGGCCAUGGCACGAAGUACCACUGGUGGAAAGUCAGUUGGCGGCAAGCGAGCUAUACCAAAGGCUAGGGAGGAUAUCCACGAGGGGCAUGUAGCCGGGAAGACUGUUGCUGGCAAGUUUCCGCAAAAGUCUGUGCCCGUUCAAGAAGCCACUCUAGACAUGAUGGCGACCGACGAACCAUCUUGCGGCGAUGGCGGUAGCUCACCACUAGAGGUGGAAGUCGAACAAGAAAAUGAGGCGGGAAACGAAUCAACAGUGUCACAACCGGGCGCAGUUCAUGCCAACGCUCUAGCCCGCGAGGACGGCCAGUCUCCUGAGCGCAAUGAGCCCGAGGAUGUUACGGAGACUCCCGAACCCGAUGAUAAGACAGUGGGCACAGCCAUUGAAGGGUCUCCGGUCGUAACUGCUGGAGACACUGGAGAGGGAAUGCCUCUUGAUGAAACCGCAAAAAAGAUCCACUCUGAUUGCGAGGUUCUCGCUGAGCCAGACUGCAUUGACGCCAGGCGUGAGGGUUCAAGCACCCCUUGCCCCGAAGCAGGGGAGGCCACUGAAGUCGCUCCCGCAGCGCCUGGGACUGGGGUGACUGGAACACCUGGCGCCCAUCAACCAGGGGAAUUUAAAGAUGAAGUAAGUGAUUGCAAUAUCCGUGGGGAUGAAGAGGGCGGGCAUGAGCGCAGAAGCUCUGCUGAGCCGGCCGACAUGUCAAGCGGUACCUCUCCAGGAUCUCUCCCGGAAACAUCGAAGAAACGACCGCGCUUUUCCAUGGAUGAGGACGAGGUCGGCGACUGUGGCGAAGACGCUAGAUUUGCAGCAAAGAAGCCUCGAUUAGGCGAGGAGAGGAGUGCGAACGAGGAGAUGGCUGAGGCUAGGUAA